AUGACGGAGACUUUACGCGUCGAUCAUCCUCUACGGGCCAAUUUCAUCACGGAUUUGUGGCGAUGCUUGGGAGGACAUCUGCGUGUGAAGACUUCCAGGGGUGUAACCGUCGAAUCAACUCGCCUGAGUAACAUACUGGAAGAAGCCGAAAGUACCAGCCCGUCUUCAUCAGCUACUUCUAAUGGAUCUGCAACGACCAAGUCGAACGCUUUUAUCACGGAUAGGCUGAGUGGAGAUGCCAGAUUCUUGCUUUUUGCCGGUGGAUUGGCUCGACCGGUGAAGGGUGUGCAGGCGGUGGAAGGAUUACAUAUAUCUCUCGUUCGCGCAAAUAUAACGUACGACAAUGAGGAUGGAAUCUUGGAGGUUGUGCCGACAGAAGCGACGAAGCUGCCUCCAUGCCCUGCUGACGUAACUGCAUGGAAUCACUACUCCACAUACACAGAAGGGAUAGAGUACGGCUCAUUCACAGUUGAAAGCCACUGCUCGGAGCAUAUGACACGAUUAUUAAGCGAAUACGCGUUCAACGAGGGGAAUGGGAAUACCAUGUCGGCACCGCAGAUAGGACCGCUUGAUGCCGUGCUCUACGUUCUGUGGCAUUGGGCUAGUGAGUCCACCAACAAAGCAGCCAUCAGCCAUCUGUCUACUAUUAACGAAGACGUGGCCAACUGUUUUUCACAUGAGAACGUGAAGCGCCAUUUUGGCAGCAUGCUAAUACCCCAGAGCCACCACAUUCUCGAAGGGCCGCUUCUAGAUUACCUAAAGUCGGACAACAUGAGCAUGCCGCCAUGUAUCGACCAAAUAACGUACAACGAUGUAGAAUCGGGUAGCGAUUUCGAUGGAUAUGAGUCGAUGUCUGAUUCUGACACCAAUUACGACUGGUCAGCAGUGGAGCCAUUCGUGGAAACGCUUAAGGCGUUGAUUGCCAAAUAUCAAUCGGUAGUUCCCAGCAUUAACGGUGUGUUUCUAGACGAUGCGCUCUGGGUGGCCAAUAUGAACAUUGAAUGCACAUCCCCCAGGGAGGUCUUGUUACUGUUGAAGUCUUCCACCUGUUGGCAAGAACUGGUAGGAUCAAAAGGGUAUUUGACCAUAUACCCGGGCAUAUACUUUCGAGGAAGGCUGCAAUUGAGAUGUUUCGUGUUUAAAAAUGAGCUUGUGUGUGUGGAGCAGAUCUUCGUGAAUGAGAACUUCGGCUUUCUGGCGAAAGACGCACAGUCCCUAGUGGGAUCUUUGAAGUCUUACUCACCCCGUAUAAUGGAAGUUUUAAACAAAGCAGGGGUUCAGAGCGCCAUAUUUGACGUAACGGUAUCCACGAAAAAUGGCGAAAUAGAAAUGCUAAACAUUUACCGGUUUGGGUCUUUACCAAACGGCCUGCUGCAGCUAGAGGACAUCUAUCACUUCUACUACACGGGUAAAAGCGACGGUUUGAAACCGCCGGAGCUCGCCGAUAUGGCCGUGGUAGAUGGAGUGCUCGUUGUGUUCGUGGGCGCCAACUCCAGCAGACUGAAUAAGCACGCGUGGUGCCCCAAAGAUAUAGGCAAUCUGAGCUUCAACACGCACGAGGACCUCAUCGACUAUCUACGCUUCCAAACACAAGAAAUGUAG